AUGGUCUUCGGGAGCCUCCUUUGGGGGCUCCUGGUGCUCUCCCGGGCUCGGGCCCAGAAUGGGAUUCCCGGUUUUCAGCCUUGCUUUAUCCACAUGUCUGGGUCCAUGGUCACUGCCUCGUUGGUUGACAGCCCUGCAGAUAUUUUUUCUCUUUCGGUAGCAGACAAUGAAACAGGAAUGUUGCUUCUUGAAGACUGUAGUGGAAGAAACAGGACUGGAGAUUGGAGUUUGAACGUCACAUCUCAAGGGAAUACUUCCAGAGUGACUGUGCGCUUGACCCGGAAUCUGCAGCUCUGCACUCCUAACCGCACCGACUGUUGCACCGAGGCGCUCUGCUUGGUCGCUGCCCUGCAGGUUUCCGCUUGUCAGGGGUCCGUGAUGAUGGCUCGUCUGUUGAUCCAAGCAGAGAUCUAUGCCAACUCAUCCUUGGGGAAUGGGACCUUCGAUAAUGCAACGACAAUUCCCAAUCAAGUGUUUCAGCCGUUGGGCUCCUGUCCUUGCAAUCUGACCGCCAGCGCCUGUGAUAUCCGUUGCUGCUGUGACCAGGAAUGUACCCCAGAGAUGAAGCAAUUGUUCGGUGGGUUGUGUCUUAGUGGAGUAUUUGGUGGGGAUGUCAAUCCACCUUUUGACCAGCUGUGCUCUGUCCAGACUGGGAUCGACACCCCUGACUGGUUUCCCUUCUUAUGUGUGCAGUCUUCGCUGAACAAUACACCUUUCCUUGGUUAUUUUUACCACGGUUCUGUUACAUCCUCCAAAGUGCCUUCAUUUAAGAUUCCAUUUCAAACCAUCCCAGGAAGAUUCGCUAGUGGCUACAAGCAAGGGGAUCCAAUAGUGACCGUAGAAAAUGAGUAUUUUGCCGUUCCCCAGCCGUUCCUCACUGGACAGUGUGCCAGGGACGCCCCUGUCGCGUUCCUUCAGAAUUUUGCCACCGAGUGCCUGGCUACUUGCGAGGAGGGGAGGCGCUGGCUUCCCAGUGUGGCCAUCAACAGUGGCACUGGAGAUCCCAUCAAGCCACAAGUGACCUAUGAGGAGAAAACACCAAAUGUAGGAAGCUGUGCCAGUAGUGUAUGCAGAAAUGUGACGUUUGCAGAAGAUUAUACGAUCAUAUGGGAAGGCAGGAGAAUUACAGAAGUGAAGGUCUCCGUCCUUUAUGGAGAGAUCUGCCGAGAAGACACCCUGAGACAGAGGUUCACCGUAAACUUUGUGAGCGUGAAUGCGACUAGCACAGAAGAAUUAUCUGGGAAUCCAGGUUAUCAAGUUGGAAAGCCGAUCAGAGCCGCUGUCCUGAAUUCUUCAGUUACCACUUUAAAUCUCUCGAAGUCUGAUGGCCGGGGUCUGUGUGUGUCGGCAAGCCCCGCUCCCAUUUUGUUUGGAUUGAAUGUGGUUUCUGGAUGCAUUUUAGAAGUUGAUCUUAAUGAGAACUGCAGUCAGUUAAGGAAGAACGUUACUGACAGACUGAGUUCCCUGGUGCAAGCGAGCCUGGUUGGGAAAAGAGGCAAUUCCAAUAUCAGCAUCCCAGAUGACUGGGUGGAAAUCAUACGUGUAGAUACAUUUGGUCCCGAUUCAAAUGCAAGUGUUGGGGUCUUAAAAGGCCUGUGCCCAGAUGUUCCUGCUCACUUGAAUAUUCGGAUUCUCACAGCUGAUGUGGGCGCAGUAGAAGGAAUUCCACAACAGGAAAUCCUGGGUGUGCAAAUCAGCUUUUCAACAAUUACUUGGCAAGCUCAGUGUCCAAUUAUUUGUGAAGAUAAAGCUGGCUCUCUUGCUAUUUCUGCUGCAGUCCAGUUUAUCAAGAUACCAGCGCAGCCCCCUGUUCCAAAGACAAGAUUUCAGAUUAACUACACAGAAUUUGACUGUGAGAGAAAUGAUGUUUGCUGGCCAGAACUCUUCUACCCCCUGACGCGCUUCUACACAGGUGAACCCUACUCGCAAUCACUCGCCAAAGGCUUGGUGUUGGUGUUUUUCUUCUUGAUUGCUGUCAUGCUGGGUGAUCUUGGGAGAAGAAUCUGUGAUGCCUGGAAUAAAACAUAAGCCUUCAGUUUACCAGCAU